AUGAAAGCCAUGCCUUGGAACUGGACGUGCCUGCUCUCCCAUCUCCUGAUGGUGGGGAUGGGCUCCUCCACUCUGCUCUCCCGGCAGCCACCUCCACUGCCCCAGAAGCGGUCUUUUGUCACGUUCCGCGGGGAGCCUGCCGAGAGCUUCAACCACCUGGUGGUGGACGAGAGGACAGGGCACAUUUAUGUGGGGGCCGUCAACCGGAUCUACAAGCUCUCCAGCGACCUGAAGGUCCUGGUGACCCACCAGACAGGGCCGGACGAGGACAACCCCAAGUGCUACCCGCCGUGCAUCGUUCAGACGUGCAAUGAACCCCUGACCAUCACCAACAAUGUCAACAAGAUGCUCCUGAUAGACUACAAGGAGAACAGGCUGAUCGCCUGCGGGAGCCUGUACCAAGGCAUCUGCAAGCUUCUGAGGCUGGAGGACCUCUUCAAGCUGGGGGAGCCUUUUCACAAGAAGGAGCACUACCUGUCAGGGGUCAAUGAGAGCGGCUCUGUCUUUGGGGUGAUCGUCUCCUACAACAACCUGGACGACAAGCUCUUCAUUGCCACAGCUGUGGACGGGAAGCCGGAGUACUUCCCCACCAUCUCCAGCAGGAAGCUGACCAAGAACUCAGAAGCGGACGGCAUGUUCGCGUAUGUCUUCCACGACGAGUUUGUGGCCUCGAUGAUCAAGAUCCCUUCAGACACCUUCACCGUCAUCCCCGACUUUGAUAUCUACUAUGUCUACGGCUUUAGUAGCGGCAACUUUGUCUACUUUUUGACCCUUCAGCCUGAGAUGGUGUCUCCCCCCGGCUCCACCACAAAGGAGCAGGUUUAUACGUCCAAGCUCGUGAGGCUUUGCAAGGAGGACACAGCCUUCAACUCCUACGUGGAGGUGCCCAUCGGCUGUGAGCACGGCGGAGUGGAGUACCGCCUGCUGCAGGCCGCCUACUUGUCCAAAGCCGGGGCCGUGCUCGCCCGGACCCUCGGGGUCCGCCCAGAAGAUGACCUCCUCUUCACCGUCUUCUCCAAAGGCCAGAAGCGGAAAAUGAAAUCCCUGGAUGAGUCGGCCCUGUGCAUCUUCAUCCUGAAGCAGAUCAACGACCGCAUUAAGGAGCGGCUGCAGUCCUGCUACCGGGGUGAGGGCACGCUGGACCUGGCCUGGCUCAAGGUGAAGGACAUUCCCUGCAGCAGCGCGCUCUUAACCAUUGAUGACAACUUCUGUGGCCUGGAUAUGAACGCCCCCCUGGGCGUGUCUGAGAUGGUGCGUGGCAUCCCCGUCUUCACGGAGGACAGGGACCGCAUGACUUCUGUCAUCGCGUACGUCUACAAGAAUCACUCUCUGGCCUUCGUGGGCACCAAAAGUGGCAAGCUGAAGAAGAUACUAGUAGAUCUUCCCAGACCAGGGAUCGAACCCAUGGGCAAUGCCCUCCAGUAUGAGACGGUGCAGGUGGUGGACCCCGGCCCCGUCCUCCGGGACAUGGCCUUCUCCAAGGACCACGAGCAGCUCUACAUCAUGUCGGAAAGGCAGCUCACCAGAGUCCCUGUGGAGUCCUGUGGUCAGUAUGGGAGCUGCGGCGAGUGCCUUGGCUCGGGCGAUCCCCACUGUGGCUGGUGUGUGCUCCACAACACGUGCACCCGGAAGGAGCGCUGUGAGAGGUCCAGAGAGCCCCGCAGGUUUGCCUCCGAGAUGAAGCAGUGCGUCCGGCUGACCGUCCAUCCCAGCAACAUCUCUGUUUCUCAGUACAAUGUCCUGCUGGUCCUGGAGACAUACAAUGUCCCGGAGCUGUCAGCUGGCGUCAACUGCACCUUUGAGGACCUGUCAGAGAUGGAUGGGCUGGUGGUAGGCAAUCAGGUCCAGUGCUACUCCCCGGCAGCCAAGGAGGUGCCCCGGAUCAUCACAGAGAACGGGGACCACCAUGUCGUCCAGCUACAGCUCAAGUCCAAGGAGACAGGCAUGACCUUUGCCAGCACCCGCUUUGUCUUCUACAACUGCAGCGUCCACAAUGCGUGCCUGUCUUGCGUGGAGAGCCCAUACCGCUGCCACUGGUGUAAAUACCGGCACGUCUGCACCCAUGACCCCAAGACUUGCUCAUUCCAGGAAGGCCGGGUGAAGCUGCCUGAGGACUGCCCGCAGCUGCUGCGCGUGGACAAGAUCCUGGUGCCCGUGGAGGUGAUCAAGCCCAUCACUCUCAAGGCCAAGAACCUGCCGCAGCCGCAGUCGGGGCAGCGGGGCUACGAGUGCGUCCUCAGCAUCCAAGGCAGUGAGCAGAGGGUGCCCGCCCUGCGCUUCAACAGCUCCAGUGUGCAGUGCCAGAACACCUCUUAUUCCUAUGAAGGGAUGGAGAUCAACAAUCUGCCUGUGGAGCUGACAGUCGUGUGGAACGGGCACUUCAACAUUGACAACCCAGCUCAGAACCAAGUUCACCUCUAUAAGUGCGGCGCCAUGCGCGAGAGCUGUGGGCUGUGCCUCAAGGCGGACCCGGACUUCGAGUGCGGCUGGUGCCAGGGCCAAGGCCAGUGUACCCUCCGGCAGCACUGCCCCAUCCACGAGAGCCAGUGGCUGGAGCUGUCGGGCGCCAACAGCAAGUGCACGAACCCCCGCAUCACAGAGAUAAUCCCAGUGACGGGACCCCGGGAAGGGGGCACCAAGGUCACCAUCCGAGGGGAGAACCUGGGCCUGGAAUUCCGGGACAUCGCCUCCCACGUCAAGGUGGCCGGUGUGGAGUGCAGCCCUUUGGUGGAUGGCUACAUCCCUGCAGAACAGAUCGUGUGUGAGAUGGGGGAGGCCAAGCCCAGCCAGCACGCCGGCUUCGUGGAGAUCUGUGUGGCCGUGUGUCGGCCCGAGUUCAUGGCCAGGUCCUCGCAGCUGUAUUACUUCAUGACGCUGACUCUCUCAGACCUGAAGCCCAGCCGGGGGCCCAUGUCCGGGGGCACACAGGUGACCAUCACGGGCACCAACCUGAACGCAGGCAGCGACGUGGUGGUGAUGUUCGGGAAGCAGCCCUGCCUCUUCCACAGGCGCUCUCCGUCCUACAUCAUCUGUAACACCACGUCUUCAGAUGAGGUGCUGGAAAUGAAGGUGACGGUGCAGGUGGACAGGGCCAAGAUCCACCAGGACCUGUUCUUCCAGUACGUGAAGGACCCCACCAUCGUGCGGAUCGAGCCGGAGUGGAGCAUCGUUAGUGGGAACACACCAAUCGCCGUGUGGGGCACUCACCUGGACCUCAUACAGAACCCCCAGAUCCGCGCCAAGCACGGAGGGAAGGAGCACAUCAAUCUCUGCGAGGUUCUGAACGCUACUGAGAUGACCUGCCAGGCUCCAGCCCUCACUCUGGGGCCCGACCACCAGUCUGACCUGACAGAGAGGCCCGAGGAGUUUGGGUUCAUCCUGGACAACGUCCAGUCCCUGCUAAUCCUCAACAAGACCAACUUCACCUACUACCCCAACCCUGUGUUUGAAGCCUUCGGUCCCUCAGGAACCCUGGAGCUCAAGCCCGGCACACCCAUCAUCCUAAAGGGCAAGAACCUGAUCCCACCCGUGGCCGGGGGCAACGUAAAGCUGAACUACACCGUGCUGGUCGGGGAGAAGCCGUGCACCGUCACGGUGUCAGACGUGCAGCUGCUCUGCGAGUCCCCCAACCUCAUCGGCAGGCACAAAGUGAUGGCCCGAGUCGGUGGCAUGGAGUACUCCCCAGGCAUGGUGUACAUCGCCCCGGACAGCCCGCUCAGCCUACCCGCCAUUGUCAGCAUCGCCGUGGCCGGCGGCCUCCUCAUUAUCUUUAUCGUGGCCGUUCUCAUCGCCUAUAAACGCAAGUCCCGGGAAAGCGACCUCACGCUGAAGCGGCUGCAGAUGCAGAUGGACAACCUGGAGUCCCGUGUGGCCCUGGAGUGCAAAGAAGCGUUUGCCGAGCUGCAGACGGACAUCCACGAGUUGACCAGUGACCUGGACGGAGCCGGAAUUCCCUUCCUGGACUACAGAACCUAUACCAUGCGGGUGCUGUUCCCGGGAAUUGAAGACCACCCUGUCCUCCGGGACCUUGAGGUCCCGGGCUACCGGCAGGAGCGCGUGGAGAAAGGCCUGAAGCUCUUCGCUCAGCUGAUCAACAACAAGGUGUUCCUGCUGUCCUUCAUCCGCACGCUGGAGUCUCAGCGCAGCUUCUCCAUGCGCGACCGCGGCAACGUGGCCUCGCUGAUCAUGACGGUGCUGCAGAGCAAGCUGGAGUACGCCACCGACGUGCUCAAGCAGCUGCUGGCCGACCUCAUCGACAAGAACCUGGAGAGCAAGAACCACCCCAAGCUGCUGCUCAGGAGGACUGAGUCAGUAGCUGAGAAGAUGUUGACCAAUUGGUUCACUUUCCUGCUCUACAAGUUCCUCAAGGAGUGUGCCGGGGAGCCCCUCUUCUCCCUGUUCUGCGCCAUCAAGCAGCAGAUGGAGAAGGGGCCCAUCGAUGCCAUCACGGGCGAGGCCCGCUACUCCCUGAGCGAGGACAAGCUCAUCCGCCAGCAGAUCGACUACAAAACCCUGGUCCUGAGUUGUGUCAACCCAGACAAUGCCAACAGCCCUGAGGUCCCAGUGAAGAUCCUCAACUGCGACACCAUUACUCAGGUCAAGGAGAAGAUUCUGGACGCCAUCUUCAAGAAUGUGCCCUGCUCCCACCGGCCCAAGGCUGCAGACAUGGACCUGGAGUGGCGGCAAGGAAGCGGAGCGAGGAUGAUCCUGCAGGAUGAAGACAUCACCACCAAGAUUGAGAACGACUGGAAGAGACUGAACACCCUGGCUCAUUACCAGGUGCCAGAUGGUUCUGUGGUGGCUUUAGUGUCCAAGCAGGUGACAGCCUACAAUGCAGUGAACAAUUCCACCGUCUCCAGGACCUCAGCGAGUAAAUAUGAAAACAUGAUCCGGUACACCGGCAGCCCCGACAGCCUCCGCUCACGCACACCCAUGAUCACCCCCGACCUGGAGAGCGGAGUCAAGAUGUGGCACCUGGUGAAGAACCACGAGCACGGGGACCAGAAGGAGGGUGACCGGGGGAGCAAGAUGGUGUCUGAAAUCUAUCUGACACGACUGCUGGCCACCAAGGGCACGCUGCAGAAGUUUGUGGAUGACCUCUUCGAGACCAUCUUCAGCACGGCGCACCGCGGCUCCGCCCUGCCCCUGGCCAUCAAAUACAUGUUUGACUUUCUGGAUGAGCAGGCGGACAAGCACGGCAUCCAUGACCCACAUGUCCGCCACACCUGGAAGAGCAACUGCCUGCCCCUGAGGUUUUGGGUCAACAUGAUCAAGAACCCCCAGUUCGUGUUUGACAUCCACAAGAACAGCAUCACCGAUGCCUGCCUCUCUGUGGUGGCCCAGACCUUCAUGGACUCGUGCUCCACGUCGGAGCACCGGCUGGGCAAGGACUCCCCCUCCAACAAGCUGCUCUACGCCAAGGACAUCCCCAGCUACAAGAACUGGGUGGAGAGGUAUUACUCAGACAUCGGGAAGAUGCCGGCCAUCAGCGACCAGGACAUGAACGCGUACCUGGCUGAGCAGUCCCGGAUGCACAUGAAUGAGUUCAACACCAUGAGCGCGCUCUCCGAGAUCUUCUCCUACGUGGGCAAGUACAGCGAGGAGAUCCUCGGACCUCUGGACCACGAUGACCAGUGUGGGAAGCAGAAACUGGCCUACAAACUAGAACAAGUCAUAACCCUCAUGAGCUUAGACAGCUGA